UAUUGAAUUUGUCCGUUUACACAGUACAUCCGAAUCUACCUACCUGGUAGUACUUUAUAACAACAGCUCCAGCCUCUAUCUGUCCUUAUUUGUGCUAAGUACUGCAUUUUGUCGAACUUCGAGCCAACCUUUCAUAUCGACAUUUGGAUACAAUCAAAGACGCCAUGGAGACCAACACCACUGCAUCUGGCAAUGGGCUUCAAGUCGGUAUCGUCGGCGCCGGUGUCGCUGGUCUCAGUGCUGCUAUCGCCCUGAGAAGGAUCGGUCACAAUGUCGAGAUUUUCGAGCGCUCUCAAUUCAAAAACGAAAAUGGUGCCGCUGUUUCCAUUCCACCAAACGGGGGUCGAAUUCUUCAAUAUUGGGGGUUUGACGCUGUCAAAGCUGGAGGCAUCGAGAACAUCCAGGCCCGACGACCCAAGGGUGAUACUCUAGAGCCAAUGGCACCAACACUUUCGUUCGCCAACGUGGAACAGCAAUUCGGGAACAAAUGGUACUUCUACCACCGAGUCGACAUGCACCGACACCUCCGAGAAAUGGCUGAAGCAGCGGGAUCAAUCAUCAGACUCGGCACACAAGUCACGGAUGUCGACCCAGAGACGGGCCUGAUCUUCCUCAAAGACGGAUCACACGUGCAAAAGGACCUGGUCAUCGUCGCCGAUGGUCAACAUGACCGCCUGAACGUCAAGAUCACGGGCAAAGAAGUGCCCAUGAAACGCAGCGGCCAAACAGCCUACCGCUGCCUCAUUCCGAUGAAGGACAUCCUCGCCGAUGAAGAAACCAAGCCCCUCUUCGAGAACCAAGCUCCAGGGUUCUGGGCUCCCGCUCUACCAGCCAAGGGCGUCAUGGCCGUGACCUACCCGUGCCGAAACAACGAAAUCCUCAACGUUCUCGCCGUGCACCGCAAACUCGGCCAACACGCGAGCAGCGCCGAAGACGAAGCCGUCAUCGAAGACUGGAACUUCCCGGCCACCCACGACGACCUGGAACGCGUGCUCGACGGCUUCCACCCGAGCGUGAAAAAGGUCUUCCUCAAGUCCCCCGAGGUCAAGGUGUACACGCAGAUGAAGCGCGAGCCGCUCUGCAAAAUGACAAAGGGCAAGGCCGUCCUGAUCGGCGACGCCUGCCAUCCCAUGCUGCUCACCCACGCUCAGGGCGUCAGCUCGUCCAUCGAGGACGCCGCCGCGCUCGAGAUCUUCCUCGCCGACGUGCAUGGCGGAGACGACGCCACCAGCGCAGCAGCAGCGCCGUCGGCAAAACUGCUCCAGCGCCUCGAGCAAUUCGAAAAGUUCCGCUUACCCAGAGUCUCGGCCACGCAGAUCCUGACGGACCCCGUCGUGCCCGGACCGCAGGCCGCAGCCAAGUACGCGGCACAAGAGGCCGAGAUCAGAAAGUACUACUCAGGACCCCUGCCGCCGACUGGAGCGAUGCCGCAUAGUCCACCCAUCUGUCAGUUCUUCUUCGGAUAUGAUGUGAGGAAGGAGGCCUUGGAGUAUCUCGAGGCCCAGAAGGCCGAGCAGACAACGGCAACGACAACGACAACGACAACAGCAACAGCCACAGCCACACCGACGCCUACCAUUCAAGUUUCUGCACCUGCGCCAACUGCAACGUCCGAAGCCGGCAAUGUCGAGACCGUUACUCUCCCGGCUUCCACAGUCACUCCCAGCGAGAAACACGUCGUCGUGGAAACCUGCCCUGUGGCUCAGACCACCAUGGAACAACGAAUCUUCGACCUCGAGUCCAAGCUGGCCGAGAUGGAGAAGAAAUUGUCACAUAUGAUGGUCCAUGUGUCGACGACGGAGGUCCAACCAACGCCGCCACAGUCGCCGCCUGCGCAAUUCGAUGUGCAGCCACUCGUGUUUUCAUCCUAAUCUCGAAGUCGAACCUGAAUUGCUCGAAUUUCGUGCUAUGCUCUUUCUGAUGUGUGGAUAACAAUAACUUUUAAAAUGAUUUUUUAGCGUGUACGAAGAUUGUGCUCUUUGGAAGGUUGCCUGGCGUCGAAGGAGUAAACAAUGCCGGAGGGAAGGGAUUUGUGAGCGCUGCAAGGCCUUGAUUACGGUGGGCAGCGGAAGGGAGACUCGACAAAUUUCUCGGGAUUUUGUCUAGAUGACCUUGUUCGUAAUUGAUGAAUACCAAACAAUGCUCUAUUGCCCAGCUUUGCUCACAG